GCAGUCCUGUAGUCACCAUGAUCUCAUCUCAAGGACUCAUAGUGUUACUGUGGUUGGCGUAUUAAUGAUGUGUCCGACUCGAAAUAGAAUGGGAUACUGUAGAUCAAAUGUCGUCGGUAAUAUUGAGUGUGUAGAAACAGCCUGCAGGUCAGAUAAGGAAAAAAUGAAAAGAAAAGUGGACGUUAGAAAGAAAGAAAGAACACACAGAGAGACAAACAGAUAUCAUAAUUUACAUUUCCCGGGCGUGUAGCGCAUGUGGCACUGUCACUGUAUAGGCCUACGUCACUAGGCGAGAUCAGCACCUUGGGCAGCGACAGCGUCGACUGUCAAUUCAACAGCCAAACGGAUUCUGCCUUCCCCAUCCCUAACAACAGGGAUCCAGAGAGAGUUCAUCAGUAUCAUACAGCGAGACAGAAUAAUGACUAAAAUAUGAAAACUACUAUUGUCAUGCAGUUUUUCGUUCUUAUCGCCUUAUCGUAUUAAUUCCGGAAAUAGGUGCUGCAUUUGGUUCACUAUCGAAGUCGACCAUUUCGAGGAGGAAUCAUUCAGCGCAAGCAAGAAGUAGGCUAUCAUCUCAUCAUCUGAGAGGCUAAGAUGCGAUAGCAAUGUAAUUGCAGUCUCGGAUGUGUAGACAUCUCGAUCUAUGGGUCUGUAAUUAGAAAAUUGCAGCAAAUGUUGUUUUGAAUUCUAAUCUGCCAUUCCAAAAAAUUUGGAGAACGCUGUUUUCAACGUUAAAAUAGAAGACAGAAAACCAGGAUAUCGAAUGAAGAUGGGAUGUAACGUUGUUUUCGGAGGCUGUAUUUACAGCUUUAGAUGUUAACAUGCACAUUUCCUGGAUUUUAAACUGGAUCCACUCUGCGUGGACGUCGGGCGGAAUGUGUUGGAUAGUUCUUGAUGGAUCAAUCCGAAACAUUACAGAGGAGGAAUAAGAAAAUAAUAAUCAUGAUCUGACGGCUGGGAUGCUGCUUAUGAACAAUAAAAGACGAUAAAAUGACACGUCUACAUUUAACUUCCCUCGUCUGUCCGCACCCUUUUGGAUAAUGAUAAUUGACAGGAGCCCCAGAUUUGACUGUAUGGAUGGAACUGGAAUGUUGUUAUUUUUCACACCUCGUUCUACAUUCUAUUAUGGCUCUACGUCGCUCCCACUUCUAGUGCACUCUCUGGCUAUCUUCUGCUUUGGGUAGCAAAACAUGGAUUUUUGCUGCAAACCCCAAAUGCAAUACAUUUGAUGAUAUGUACAAUUUAAAUUGAUAGCGCAAGCAAUGGACUCUGACAUUUUACGUUAUAUGCCUAUCACGUUUUUGUGGUGGUAACGGGUGGGGGAGAAAUCUAGCUGGACAGCGUUCGCAGAGUAGUUUGGUAAUGAAUAUCGAGAGAGUGUCUUGAGCUGCUCGAGAGGAAAAUCUCUCAUCCGCAUUGUCUUAGACACACAUGCCAUCAGAGAGACAACAACCAAGACGUAGUCCUUCAUUUCUUACUAUUUGAUAACACAGUAAGGCAGGCAUAGCCUACACAUUUAAAAAGCUCAUUAGCGACGCUUUUCCGAAGAUGUUUUGGUUAAGAAAAGCCAUAGCCUAUGUAGCAGAAUAAUUGACAAAAAAAUUACGUAUAAUAACAAUAAAGCUUCUAAAUCAUAGGCAUAUUUCUGUUUUUCUAGAGACCAACGUAUAGUCAAAUUGGUUUCAUUCCCUUCUGAAAAAUUUAUGUAGCCAAAAAUGUUCAAAUAUCGGAUCCGCAUGUUUUUCAACGAACUGAAAGUACUGGUUUUUAUGCGAGACGAUUCGAGACAGCCCGACAGAUCCGACGCAGAUAGACGGUCCAGCAUGCGGGGUCUAGGAAUGGGUGGCUGCGGCUGGCCUCCCUUUGUGGACUGCUCCUCUCGAGAUGACGAGGAAGAGUAUUACGGGACGGAUCCUCGGCCUCGGAGCAUGGGCUUUGAGGAGAAGGAACCCAAACUGCAAGUGGGCCUGGAUGCCGUGUCGCUAACAAGCACUGCAAGCAGCCUUCGUUGUCGUAUCUGCUUUCAGGGUCCAGAGCAGGGGGAGCUGCUGAGCCCGUGUCGAUGUUUGGGCUCCGUCCGCUGUACCCACCAGCCCUGCCUCAUCCGGUGGAUCAGCGAGAGGGGCUCCUGGAGCUGCGAGCUGUGCUACUUCAAGUACCACGUCCUGGCCAUCAGCACCAAGAACCCACUGCAGUGGCAGGCCAUCUCCCUGACGGUGAUUGAGAAGGUCCAGAUUGCUGCCAUCAUCCUGGGCUCUCUGUUCCUCAUCGCCAGUAUUUCGUGGCUCAUCUGGUCCUCCAUUAGCCCCUCUGCGAAGUGGCAGCGCCAGGACCUGCUCUUCCAGAUCUGCUAUGGCAUGUAUGGAUUCAUGGACAUCGUAUGCAUAGGUCUUAUUAUCCACGAGGGCUCCUCCGUGUAUCGGAUAUUCAAGCGCUGGCAGGCCGUCAAUCAGCAGUGGAAAGUAUUGAACUAUAUAAAAGCCAAUGACUUGGGGGAUCCGCUGAGUAGCAGUAAGGGAGGCGGUCGGGGCUCCAGGAGUAAUCCCCACGGCCUUGCCAGUGGGGGCAGUGGGAGACAGAGCCGGCGGUUCAGGACUAUUCUGGACCACCACUGUGGCUACACCAUCCUGCACAUCCUGAGCCAGCUACGGCCCCACAACCCACGCAUCGGUUCGUCGGUUAACCGGGAGGUGGUGAUGAGGGUGACCACGGUAUGAGACCAAGGAGGGAAUGAGUGGAACGAGGACCUGAAGCUGGGUAUUGUCUUUUUUUAAGUUACUUAUCUAUCAACACUAUUGCGGAACCGGAUUUCGAUGCCCAGCGCAAGGAAGGGACACUACAGACAAUGCCCGCCAGGAAGCCAAGCUACUAUGAUCAUGUAAUAACCAUUGACUUGUUAGGCUCAUUUACAAUCCUUCCCGGUUGGGUAUUCCUGCUGGAGCAGUGGUCAGUUACGAGAAGCGGUGGUUAGUGACGAGGAGUAGUGGUUAGUUAAGAGCUGGGUGCCACAGGUUUGAGACAAUGUGUUGGAUGUUUGGACACCCUGAAACUGCAAACGAGAGUACAUAUUAAACUACGAGUAUCUUUCCUGGAGUUUUAUAAAAAAGAAAAAAAAAGAAGGAGAUGCACAUGAUUUGUAAUGAACUUAAGAACUGAUAUUAUAAACUCCGUAAAACAUGCAAACUGUCUAACAGGCUUUAUAACAAAGUAAUGUGACAACGGACCUUUUUCCGUCGGAUUUCAGGAUGCACAAAAAAAUACAUAUUUUUUUCUCCUGUUUUCUUUUUGAUAUGUUUUUUUUUUUUUUACUCAUUUGAAUGUUUUUUUUUUUUUACCGGAAUAUGAUUUUAUGAAAUACCUAAUGUCCUUAUGCCACACCUUUUUCAAAAUGCUCUGAAACUAAUAAUCUUAAGAGUUCUGCAGUUCUGAAACAUAGGUGAGGCUAAUGAUGAUAGGGAACAGACUGGAGAACAAACAAUAUCAUAAGCAAUCAUUAUGAAAACCGCAGGAUUACUGCAAACAAUAAACAGGCUACAGGGAUCACGGGUAAGGCUACAAAAAGGAAAUAAUUUAUUUAGAUUCAAAUGACUCUAAAAUCCUAUCUUCUUUGCAAUAAAGAUAUCUGUACAAUUUCACAGUGACCUUUGCAUGGAUGUAUCAUUUUUAUGCCGCAUCGUCAUCACAUAAAGUGUAAGCACUUCUUUAAAAUUGUUCUCUUCAGAAUGGUGCUUUUCUGUCAGAACAAACACUUUAUUCAUCUGGUUUCAUUGCACCAAACUUUUUUAUCAGACAAAUGGCGGUGUGUUAUUUCAUCUAAGACAAGGAGAUGACUUACUUGCUGUAGUGUGCUGAUGAUUCCGAUUUGAUAACGAGUUAAUCAUUGGAUUAAAGAUGGAGAUCAGUGUGAUCUCUUACUAUUCA